AUGGCCACCACAAAAACUUUGACUCUUUUACUCUUAAUAAUAAUGGUUGCUUCGUUGUCCAAUUGCAACAUCUUGGCUUCAGAGAUCAAACCUACCGGAAGAAUUGGUAAUAUGUGCAAGCAGAUAUGUUCGGAAACGUAUGGGAAUGUAUGUGCCGCGGACUGUAGGAAGGCUGGCUUCUCAUCCGGACAAUGUUUUACUUCUCCUCCUUUGGAAAAUAAAUGUUGUUGCAACAAGUGA